AUGGCUCAGGAGGAGGCCAGAGGGGUACCCCCCGUGCCAAGAGUGGGGCGCAGCCUGGCUCAGGUCAAGCCUCAACCACCAGCAGGCUCCGACAGGACGAGGGUCUGCCCGAGCCAGGCCAGGCGGGGCCCCCACAGGUGGCGCAGAGCUGCCCCAAGCCCCCGCGGCCCCAGACCCAGGAUCCCAGGUGACAGCAGGGGCUCCUCGCAGGCCAGUCCCGAGAACGCUGUGCGGGAGUGGAGCCGGGUGCGGGCCCUGCGUCGCACCUUCCUGGCCCUGCAGGCUGUGCUGCCCGCCGUACCGGCCCGCACCAAGCUCUCCAGGCUGGAUGUGCUGCUGCUGGCUGCCUGCUACAUCGCCCACCUCUCCCGCACGCUCGGCCUCGAGCUGCCCGCCCAAGCCCGGUCGCCUUUCCUGGGAGGCCUCCGCUACCUGCACCCUCUCAAGAAAUGGCCCAUGCGCUCUCGUCUCUACGCGGGCGGCCUGGACGCCACCAUAGCCACUGCCUUGGGCCCGAGAACAAAGGAGGCCAAGGUGGGUCCCCAAGUCUCUGUUGAGGCAGGCGCUCUGGUCCCUGCCAGUACACCCCCACUAGCUCCUGGAGGUGAAUAA